ACCUUGCUCUUCUUCCUUCUUUAUUUCUCGCCUAUAUUUACUCCCCACAUUCUUCUCUAUUCUCACAAUUCAGUCUCUCCCUUUCUCUUUCUAUUCAGCCCUUUCAUCUGCACUCAUGAAUUUCCAACAAUCAGAGCAAGAGGUGCCACUGCAAGACACGGAAGCAUCAUUCUAUCAACUGAACCAGCAGAGUUCAGAAGUCUCACUCCCCGUUGACGAGGAGGGCAGUGACAAGAACGGAAAGAGCGUAGGGUCCAUAAGCAUGGUGGAUGAAUUCAUAGCCAGCAUUUGGAACACAGAUGAAUUCCAACUUAACCCUCCUCUACCCGUCUAUGAUGAAGCUGCAAACAACAACAGCGUUGCACCAGAACCCACCAUUCCUCAGCCAGCCUCUUUCUCUGUCCCUCCCCCAAUUUGCAAGAAAACUACGGAUGAAGUUUGGUCUCAGAUCCAGAAAAGCCAACCACAACAAAAUGAAGAUAAUAACAGCCUUGCCAGUGAUGAAACACUCCAAAAGGAUCCCACAUUUGGAGAAAUGACUUUGGAGGAUUUCCUGAUAAAAGCUGGGGUUGUUACUGAAUCAACACUGUUCACCACUAUAUUACCUCAGAAUCAUUUCGCUAACAUUCCAACCAAUAUUCCAUUUAAUACAAGCUAUAUAUUAAUUGGAACUACUGGACCUAAUAUGCCCUGUGGUAGAUUUGAACCGCAUCAAAUGCUGCCACAGAAUAACCACUUUAUUGUGAGGAAUUUCACUACUACAAAUGUUGCUGUGGAGAAUAAUUGUCAAAACGUAGCAGAAUCAAGUGGCAAGGGUAAGAAAAGGAUCAUUCAAGGUCCUCCCGAAGUGGUAAUAGAGAGAAGGCAGCGCAGAAUGCUGAAGAAUCGAGAAUCAGCAGCACGAUCUCGUGCAAGAAGACAGGCAUAUACUGUGGAGCUUGAAGCAGAGCUGAAUAAUCUGAAAAAUGAGAAUGAGAACCUUAAGAAUAUGCUGGCUGAAGAUGAACGCAAGAGGCUAGAAGUAGUAAGUGAUUGCCUCAAAUUUAACUCAGAGAAAGGCCCCAACAACGGUUCAAAAGAGGAAUGAGAAAAAGAGGAAAUUGAACAGGCCUCUGAGUGCAUCCUGGUGAGUAGCAUCCUGGUGAAGAAGCUUCAACGGCAGGCAUUAGAAGAUGAACAUGCACAUUGUGAGAAAAGGAAUAAAGUGUAUGUGUUAUCUAAGAUGCACCUGAACCGUUUAUCAAGAGUAUAAGAAAAUAAGAGUAAUGAAUAUUAUCAUUAUUAUGUUGUUUUUGUUUCUUUGAAAUAUGUACCUGUUGUUUCAAUUUUAAUUUCCUGGUUUGUAAUAGAAGUGUUUGCGAGUACUUUAUAUUAUAUUAA